GCCCAGCUCUUCCUGUUCUCAGCUUCCGUCCUCUCAGCUUCCUUACAGCACCCCCACCUGCCAGAGCUGAUCUUCCCUAGGCCCUGCCUAACCUUGAGUUUGCCCCCAAUCCCCCUGGCUGCAAACGUCUCCUUACCGCCAAUGAGAGGAGGGGCAGGCCCAGAACUUUUGAGAGCUGAGGGUUGAAGGCAUUGAGCCAACACACAGACUUGUCACCUCUGACCCCGAAGACACCUCUACCCUCCAUGCGGAGCCAAGAUGGGGAAUGGAAAAGAGGAAGAUUAUAACUUUGUCUUCAAGGUGGUGCUGAUCGGCGAAUCAGGUGUGGGAAAGACCAAUCUGCUCUCCCGAUUCACGCGCAAUGAGUUCAGCCACGACAGCCGCACCACCAUCGGGGUUGAGUUCUCCACCCGCACUGUGAUGUUGGGCACCGCUGCUGUCAAGGCUCAGAUCUGGGACACCGCUGGCCUGGAGCGGUACCGAGCCAUCACCUCGGCCAAACAUUAUUUGUUAUUAUUAUUAUUAUUAUUGCCUUGGAUUCCCACAAUUAAUGGUGUGUUUUGCUGCCUGGCAGAAAACAAUGGACUGCUCUUCCUGGAGACCUCAGCCCUGGACUCCACCAAUGUUGAGCUCGCCUUUGAGACUGUCCUGAAAGAGAUCUUUGAGAAGGUGUCCAAGCAGAGACAGAACAGCACCCGGACCAAUGCCAUCACUCUGGGCAGUGCUCAGGGUGGGCAGGAGCCUGGCUCUGGGGAGAAGAGGGCCUGUUGCAUCAGCCUCUGACCUUGGCCAGCACCACCCUGCCCCAACUGGCUUCUGGUACUCCCUUGUCCCCACCUCAGCCCCAGGACCUUUCCCUGCCCUUUGGUUCCAGAUGUCAGACUGUUCCCUGUUCACAGCACCCCCAGGACCUUAAGGUCUUCAUGCCCUAUCACAAAUACCUCUUUUAUCUGUCCACCCCUCACAGACUCAGACCCUCAAAUAAAGCUGUUUUGUAUCAAC